AUAAUAUUUUAUUCAAAAAUGACAGCCAAAGAUGUUAUUAUGAAAAUGAACAAAGAAGCUGAAUACAAUGCACUUACAGCUGAUUUUUAAGGAAAUGAUACUAAAUUUGUAGGAGAAUAUGAAAAUGUUAAAAUUCCAUCUGAUAAAAAAGAGAUUAUUAAAGAUGCUUUCAGAAAGGUAGCUAUUGCUUGUAAACCCACUUUAAAGAAGUACAAUUAAUAAUCUAAUUUAGUCUUACUUUGAGAUAAAAUUGGUUAGAUAUGUAAGAUAGAGUGUAUAAUAGAGCAUAAUACUACACAAGUAUCAAAUAAUAUAUAUAAAUAGCUGAUGCAAAUUCAUGCAUUAGUGAUGCAAGAAAUGUAGCUGAAGUUAAUCUUUGUUGUGACAAUUAUAUUCAAAGACUCAAUAAUGAUUUCUAUAAUGAUGUCUUGCAAAUAUUAAAAGAUUAUUGAGAUAUUUCAUAUAUUAAAUAUAUACAAAAAAACAAAA